GACAGGGCAAAAAGCAUUUGUCUGUUCUGAGUGUGGUCAAAGAUUUGGACGAAAGAGCAACCUGAAAACACACAUGAUAAUUCAUACAGGGCAUAAAGCAUUUGUCUGUUCUGAGUGUGGUCAAAAAUUUGGACGAAAGUGCACCCUGAAAAUACAUAUGAUAAUUCAUACAGGGCAAAAAGCAUUUGUCUGUUCUGAGUGUGGUCAAAAAUUUGGACGAAAGAGCCAUCUGAUCACACACAUGAUAAUUCAUACAGGACAAAAAGCAUUUGUCUGUUCUGAGUGUGGUCAAAGAUUUGGACACAAGAGCCACCUGAUCACACACAUGAUAAUUCAUACAGGACAAAAAGCAUUUGUCUGUUCUGAGUGUGGUCAAAGAUUUGGACACAAGAGCCACCUCGUCACACACAUGAUAAUUCAUACAGGACAUAAAGCAUUUGUCUGUACUGAGUGUGGUCAAAGAUUUGGACAUAAGAGCACUCUGAACACACACAUGAUAAUUCAUACAGGGCAAAAAGCGUUUGUCUGUUCUGAGUGUGGUAAAAGAUUUGGACAAAAGAGCAACCUGAAAACACACAUGAUAAUUCAUACAGGGCAAAAAGCAUUUGUCUGUUCUGAGUGUGGUAAAAGAUUUGGACAAAAGGGCACCCUGAAAACACACAUGACAAUUCAUACAGGGCAAAAAGCAUUUGUCUGUUCUGAGUGUGGUAAAAGAUUUGGAGAAAAGGGCACCUUGAACAGACACAUGAUAAUUCAUACAGGACAAAAAGCAUUUGUCUGUUCUGAGUGUGGUAAAAGUUUUGGACAAAAGAGCCACUUGAACACACACAUGAUAAUUCAUACAGGGCAAAAAGCAUUUGUCUGUUCUGAGUGUGGUCAAAGAUUUGGACAAAAGGGC